AUGCGCGCUCUGCUCUCCGCAUGCUUCUGCUUCUGGGCGAGCGCUGCCCUUCUGCUCCGUGUGGACUCGUUCCCCGUGGGCGAUUCUUCUGGGGAGGACGAAUUAGGAGACGAGCCCCAGGGAUAUUCACCGCGGCGCGCUUGCACUGGUUUGGUUUGGGGACUCCACUCCACAGCCUCCGGGUGGAAAGACCAGCUCUGUAAGGAGCAAAAUGCAUGUAGAGGUAGCAUGGAAAUGCUGGUCCAAAAUAAUCUCCACCUUCCGAAGAUCACUCCAGAAGAUGGAUGUUCUUACACAGGAUUCCAAAAGGAGACAUGUUUGAGAAGACUUUCAAGUGGCCUUUAUGCUUAUCAAGCAUACCUGGAAUACAUAGAUGAUACUUUUAGCAAGUCUAUACAGAGGAGUGGAUCUCUGUGGACCAGAACACAGCAACUAGCGGAUAUCUUGAAAUCAAUGAUGAACAAUCCUGAUGUUGUAACUAUGCCGCCUCCUAUUACUCAAGAUAUGAUUUCAGUAAAACUACGUGAACAAAAAGCUUGGAAUGUAACAGUUAUCAAGUUCCUUAUACUUCAAGAUUUUAUCUCAUUACUGGAGAAAACUGAAAGAGCUUUUUGCCAUUUAUGA